AUGGCCGCCAACGGCACCCAGGCCUUUGCGCCAGUCCUGGCUGCUCUUCAGACUAUGCAGUCCAACGUCGAUCGUUCACAGAAGGGCCAGGCACACGAGUUUCUCGAACAAUUCCAGAAAUCUAACGAAGCAUGGAACACAACCUUUCUGAUCCUGAACUCGCCUGAAGCCUCUACCGAAUCAAAGCUCUUCGCCGCAACGACUCUCAAGGGCAAGAUCAUCUUCGACUUCCACCAGCUGCCUCGCGAAUCUCUGCCCGAACUGCGCAACACUUUGCUGUCGCUACUCGCCCAAUUUAGCCAGGGCCCCAAGCCUAUUCGCACACAACUAUGUGUCUGCCUCGCCAAUCUCGCUAUCCAAAUGCUCGAAUGGAAGGACGUACUACAGCUCGUCGUUUCCACCCUCGGCAACGACCCCAAUGGCAUUGCUUGCGUCCUCGAGUUCUUGCACGUCCUGCCCGAGGAGGUUACAGAAGGAAGAAAGAUCAACCUUACCGAAGAUGAGCUGAGGGAUAGAACAAUCGAACUGUUGGAAGAGAACGGAAACCAAGUCCUCACGCUGCUCAACCAAUACGCUCAGUCGUCAGACGCUGCCUCAAAGAACCCUCAACUCAUGGAGUGUAUCACAUCAUGGAUCAGAGAAGUCCCGUUGAACGACAUUGUCAACUCACCUCUCCUGAACGUUGUCAUGAAUGCAUUGGAAGCCGACGUAUCCUUCGAGUCCAGUGUCGAAACUCUUUGCGCCAUCUUCAGAGAAACAAGAGACGUUGACGAAUGCAUGGCCAUCAUCAAGACCGUCUACCCUAGAAUCAUGGCCAUCCGACCAAAGAUUGCACAAGCUGCCGAGGCAGAAGACUUUGAAAUGCUCAAGGGUCUUACGCGCAUUUUCGCAGAGGCUGGUGAAGCCUGGGUCGUUCUCAUCGCUCGUCUGCCUGAAGAGUUCCGUGGUCUGGUUGAGGCUGUACUUGAAUGCGCUGCUAGAGAUACCGAGAAGGAAGCCAUCAGUAGCACUUUCAUCUUCUGGUACGAACUUAAGCAGUACAUCACUCUGGAACGCUACAUGCAGGCUCGCAUGCAGUUCGUCGACAUCUACCUCAACUUGGUCGAUAUCAUGAUAGGACACCUCGAAUUCCCCAAGCCUGAAAGCGGCAACGACAACGACCUCUUCGAUGGUGAUCGCGAACAGGAGGACAGAUUCCGUGAGUUCCGUCAUCAGAUGGGCGACGUAUUGAAGGACUGUUGUGAGGUUAUUGGCGUCACUGAAUGUCUUCAAAAGUCAUAUGUCAAGAUUGAAGAAUGGGUCAACACGUAUGGUGCCCAAGCGAGCGCAGGAAAUGUCCCCGAGUGGCAGAAGCUCGAGGCUCCUCUGUUCAGUAUGCGCGCCAUGGGUCGUAUGGUUCCUCCGGACGAGAACAUCAUGCUGCCCAGAUUGAUCCCUCUGAUCGUCCAGAUUCCGGAUCAAGAAAAGGUCCGCUUCCAGGCUGUCAUGGCACUUGGAAGAUACACCGAGUGGACCGCUCAACAUCCUGACACUCUUGAAGCUCAACUCAACUUUAUUAUGGCUGCGUUUGAUCAUCCUUCUAAAGAGGUCGUCACCGCUGCUGCUCUCUCCUUCAGAUUCUUUUGCAACGACUGCGCUGAGCUCCUCAAGGGCUUCGCCAACCAACUCCAGACCUUCUACGAAACCGUCAUCAACAGAUUACCGCCAACAAGUCAGGAGGAGAUCACAGAAGGUAUGGCAUCGGUGCUCUCAAAACAGCCCAUCGAUCAGAUCUAUGCCUCUUUCAAGAUGUGCUGCGACCCUGUCGUCAAGCGUCUGAUGGACAUGGCUCAGUCUGCCACUGGUGAAAAGGAAAAGCUGGCUCUUGCAGACCACCUCAACCUUAUUACUAUCUUUGUUCAAUGGAUUCAACCAGAGAUUAGACCUGGUGAGCCACACCCUGCCGUGCAAUACUGCCAGGAGAUUUUCCCUGUUCUGGCCGCCAUUGCCGACAACUUCUCCAACUUCUCUCCCGUUCUUGAGCGCGUCUGUAGAUGCUGGCGUCACAUUGUGCUCGCAUACCGCACACACACCGCACCCCUGCUUCCCGAUCUAGCCGAGAAGUUGGCAUCUGGCUUCGCUGCAUCAAGGCAAGGUUGCUUCCUCUGGGCUACUGAUUCGAUCGUUCGUGAGUUCACCGACGAAUCAGAAGGUGUCACUCCUGAGACGACACAAGCAAUUUUCAACUUUUAUGUGCAACAAGCCACUACCUUUUUGCGCGCGCUCAACGACCUGCCUCCUGAACAACUACCCGACGUCAUCGAGGACUUUUUCCGUCUCUGUGUAGACGUACAAGCCUAUCAUUCACGCCAAUUCAUUGCAAAUGAGCUGACACCUACUCUUCUGUCCGCCGCUUCCACCUCGCUCACUCUCCUCAAGGACGAGCCAAUUCUGGCGACUCUUCACUUCUUGCGUGACUUCCUCGCUUACGGCGGCGAGAACGCACCUAUCUCAACUUUCAGCGAGGAUCCUAAUCGCCGCCUGAACCCACCAGAGAUCCAAAACGCUGUCAAAACACUCACAUCCCAGCAAGGCGAAGUGUUGGUACAACGCCUCAUGACUGGCAUGAUGUACACUUUCCCGGCCGAUUGCUUCCCAGAUGCUUCUGGAGUAUUGCUCGCAAUGUUCCAAUUGAUGCCAGAGGCAACCGCGACUUGGACGGCAAACACAGUCUCCAUGCUUCCUGCUGGAUCCAUCAGCCCGCAAGAACAAGAGCGACUGUUGCGCAACAUCGAGCAACGCAUUCAAUCAGGAGAUAUACGCAAGAUCCGCACACUUCUGCAAGAUUUCACAAACUCGUACAGGAGAAGGAACGUUGCACCCAGAGAAGGCCUCGGUAGAUUGGAAGCUGCGAGAUUCCGCUUUGCCGGGUAG